AUGAUGAUGAUACCGGGGAGAGACGCGGACGGGGGGGUCGCGGACGGGUCUUCUAUUGGUGCCCGCAAGAGGCCCUCCCCCUCCCAGGGGGGAUGGUUCUAUACGUCUUCCACCCCGGCCGUGUCCGAGGGCGUCGCUGCCGCUCGCAUCAAGCGGGCCACGGGCGGGAAGGCAGAGAUGGCCGGCGGCAACGAUCACCCCGCCGCCGCGGGGGACCCGUGGGCGGCGGGAGCCGCCCGGGGCAACCCGUACGCCAGGAGCGGUGCCGGAGCUGCGGCGGCGGCAGCGGCUGCCCCCUGCUCCGCAGGCGGACCUCCUGAAAAGUCGGCUCACCGCGAUUCGUACCGCUACGCGCCCACGAACGGGCGGCACUGGGAGACAUACCGAGACCAGGAGGACUCGUACCCGAUGCACCCGAAGGUUGGGGGGGUAGGGUGGUACGAUUCGGAAGAGUCUGGCCUGUCGAGGUUGACGUCGUGCGACAGCGCGUCCUCGACGUGGGACGAGAUGCACGCGCGUCCCGGAGCGGGAGGGGGCGGGGACGUGUUCAACCGCAGCAGGUCGAGAGCGAUGGUGGCGAUGGAGAUGGCCCCCGCAGACGCCGGCGGCGCCGGCGCCUGCGCCGGCGGGAGGGACCCCCGUGACCCGCUGCGCGACCGGGGCGGGUACUCGCUCCACCACCCGGUGGUUUUUGUGCGGAAGGGGGUGGGCGCGGUUAAGCGGGUGGAGGGGCGCAGGGGUUACAACACCGGUGGCGGGGAGGCUUGCCCAUACGGGCGGGAUGGGCUGCAAAAAGGUCGGGAAGCCAGAAAAGGAGGUUGGGAGGUAUUCCCGCUGUGGGCUUAAGGCCCCCAGUUUUUUGGGGGGGUUGGGGGCCGGGGGGGCCAAGUCUUUUCCCGCCAGGGUUUUUGGGGUGGGCCUAUCGGGGGAAAAUCCCGUUUGGCCCAACGGGGGGGGCCAAGUGUGUCGGGGGGGGGGGGGGUACGGAAACACGCCGACCAGCGUGUCCGCGGUGCGGGAUAGGGUUCUAUUAUGUGAUGUUGUUGCUGGUGCUCUACCGGCGUGUUCUCACAUUGUUUGACGUAGACUGUACCACCACUGCUGCUGCUACUGAAAGUGCUGCUUUUUUUUUGCGGCGUUUGGUCGACUGCUUUUUUUUUUUGCGACAGGCUGGCGUUUUCGUGAUGUACCUGUUGCGCGCGUUUGCGAAACUUGAUUUGUUUGCCAUUCGUUGAGCAACAAGUUUCGCAACAAUGAUUUGAGGAGCGUUUCCAGCAGCAGCGAUUCUGUGUUUUUCUCUUGGCUCUUUAUUUUGGCGGUUGUUCUGACAAACUCGUGGCAUUUAUCACAUUUUUUUGGGGGGGAGUUCGCAGCAGCGGAAUUUGGGAGUUGAGGCGGGGCGUGCGGGUACCCCAGCGAACACAACGGUUCUCGUUUGUGCAUCUAUCUGGUUGGGAGUGGUUGAUAAGUGGGUUUUGGGGGCACGAAAAAGCAAGGGCCUUUUGAAAGAAGGCGGGGACAGAGGGCAAAGACACACUUAACUCUUGUUUGUUUGUGGUG